CCACGCCGGGAGCUGGUACACAGCCUCAGGACCGCAGCUGAAUGCACAGCUGGAAGGUUGGCUUUCACAAGUACAGUCUACAAAAAGACCUGCUAGAGCCAUAAUUGCACCUGCUAAUAUUGAAAACACAUUGUUUUUUAAGCACAUGUUAACAUUUUUCUGAGAAGAGUAAAAGUUGGAGUUUGUGGAGUUUCUUCUCACAGCAGCAUCUUUUAUGACUUCUAUUGAGUUAAGCCAUGCAGGAUAUACAUACUGUGGGUCUUGUGCUGCUCAUGCUUACAAACAAGUGGACCCAUCUAUUACCCGGAGAAUUUUCAUCCUUGGGCCUUCUCAUCAUGUGCCCCUCUCUCGAUGUGCACUUUCCAGUGUGGAUAUAUAUAGAACACCUCUGUAUGAUCUUCGUAUUGACCAAAAGAUUUACGGAGAACUAUGGAAGACAGGAAUGUUUGAACGCAUGUCUCUGCAGACAGAUGAAGAUGAACACAGUAUUGAAAUGCAUUUGCCUUAUACAGCUAAAGCCAUGGAAAGCCAUAAGGAUGAGUUUACCAUUAUUCCUGUACUGGUUGGAGCUCUGAGUGAGUCAAAAGAACAGGAAUUCGGAAAACUCUUCAGUAAAUAUCUAGCGGAUCCUAGUAAUCUCUUUGUGGUUUCUUCUGAUUUCUGCCAUUGGGGUCAAAGGUUCCGUUACAGUUACUAUGAUGAAUCCCAGGGGGAGAUUUAUAGAUCCAUUGAACAUCUAGAUAAAAUGGGUAUGAGUAUUAUAGAACAAUUAGAUCCUGUAUCUUUUAGUAAUUACUUGAAGAAAUACCAUAAUACUAUAUGUGGAAGACAUCCCAUUGGAGUGUUAUUAAAUGCUAUUACAGAGCUCCAGAAGAAUGGAAUGAAUAUGAGCUUUUCCUUUUUGAAUUAUGCUCAGUCAAGCCAGUGCAGAAACUGGCAAGACAGUUCAGUGAGUUACGCUGCUGGAGCACUCACGGUCCACUGACGCUCUGAAUCCUCAGGGAUGCCACCUGCACAUACUCAUACUCUGUUCGGGGUCCCAGCCUAGCCCUUACCAAGACCCAGAUCCUGGUUUGGGGGGAUUCUGAAACCUCAAACAAAUAGAACUUUCUUCUCUUCUUUUCUAGUAGGUGUAGUCCUUCCUUAAUUUCAACUCAUUAAAAAAUGCUUUAUAGUUUAGGGCAGUGGAAGGAAGGCUGGCAUCAAAUAUUUUGAUCAAAGAAGAUGGCAAUGUAAUGGCCCAGUUGUGGCAGUGUUUUGAAAGUAACUUGUAAAGCAUUUACCAUAUUCUAAAUUUGCACUCUUUGCAGACUUGUGCACAUAUAUUCCGCUUUCAGAAUAGUUUUGCAAAUUGUACACAGACAAAAAAGGUGGAAGCUUUUUAAUAAAGAAAUUGCAUUUAUAAAUGAUCUGUAUUAGAAUAUAAUAAUUCUCCAGUUAUAGUCAAUUACUACCCGUGUUGUACAACAGAUACCUUCUAUUUUAGUUGCUAAUAAAGGGCUACACAACUCAAAAUAGUCUGAUUUAAACUUAUUGCUCUGUGGUAUAUAUGAAAAUUGUUUUUUAUUAAUUCAUCUCAAUUUUUAUGUUAAAAGUGGUAAACUUCAGUUCUUAUAUAAAAAUAUGUUAGGAUGUAUUUUAUAUUUUGCAUAUAUAUGUGAUUUUUUUAUCACAGAUAUUAGAAUCAUAUUUUAAAGCUAGCUUUUUAAAUUACAUAGUUUUUUUUUGUGUGUGACAUCACUUUGUGUCAUUACUAUAUUGUAUAUUCAAGAUUGAUAAAAGAACAUAGAUGUGGUCCUUUCCUCUAAAGAUAGUGUUUGAUAGGCAGUAGUCUGCAAAUGAGGAAACAUUGAAGAGUAUUCUUAAGAGUUUUUUAAAUCAUUGCAGACCAUAGACUGCUGCUAUGCUUUUUAAGUGCUUUAAGCACUUUGACUUGAAUUUUUAGCAAGACAUCAUUAACAAUAACAACAAAAAGCCACUGGAUUUUUUUAUAGUUCUAAAAUAUUUUUUCAUGACUUUUGGUGCGGCUCUUCCAACUAAAAUAAUGGUAUGGUGUUGUAUUUCUUCCUUUAGCAUAGACCAAUUCUAAUCACAUUGGAAAAAAAAUGUAUUCAGUUAGGUAAUUAUUGGCCACCAUGCAUGUACUAGAUUAUACCUAUUUUAAUCUAACAGUGGGUAUCUUCAUUACAUUGGGGAACAUUUAUAUCUUCAAUGAUAUACCAGAAUAGCACAAUUUUUAGAUGCCUUGCACCAAUUUUAUUUAAAAAUUGCAUUUCUUAUUUACUAAAUAUCAACUUUCUAUACACAAAAAUUGAGAUAAAAUAAUGCUGCUUUUGGAUUCAAAAUUUCCCACCUAAACAUAUGUGGAAAUUAUACUCUAACAUAUUACUGAUUUAUUUCCCAUAAUUUAGAUACAUUUUUAAGUGCUAUAAAUAUUUAUUCCUUAUUUACUAUAUAGAAUGUAAAAUUUUCAAAAUUGACUAUGGAAUGAAUUUUUAAUGUUUUCUGAGUAUAAAACUAAUACAUGACUUAUGGAAAAUUUAGAAAAUACUGAAAAGUAUAAAGAAGAGAAAAAAUUGUCUGCAAUUUCACUAUCCAGAGAUAAUACUAUUAAUUUUUUUGUAUUUUCUUUGUCUUUGUCUAUGCUAUUUAUAUGUAUGAGUGUGUACAUGUGAUUGUGUGUGUGCAUAAUAACAAUAUUGAGAUUAUACUGACCAUAUAGUUGUAUCCUACUUUUAUAACUUAAGAUUAUAAGUCCUUCCCCAUAUCUUUAAAAAUGUGAUUUUUAAAAAAUGACUGCCUAAUAUUCUGUUAUAUGAAUAUACCAUAAUUGAACCCAUUCUCUCCUUGAAUAUUAGAUUGUUUCUAAUAUGUCAAGAUUAUAAAUAAUAGCAGAUGUACAUCUUUGUAUGUGAAAUUUGAACUCUGUAUUAGACUAGUUCUUUAGGGUAUAUUCAUGGAAAUGGGAUAAUUGGUUUAGAUGCUGAGAACUUUUUAGGCUCUUUAAAAUAUGAUCAAAUUACCCUUCAGAAAGUUUGUGCCAAAUUAGCAAUAUAGGAAUACUCAUACUGCUCUUCUUGACUAUUGAUUUUUAUUUUUUAAAUCUUUGACAAUUUGUUAAGCAAAUAUUUGUUCUUUUGAUCAUUCUAAUUAAUGAAUGGCUUUACAAUGAAUCAGUUUUUUCCUUCUGUAAUGUUAUAGUUGAUUGUUUAAUAAAAAACACAAGAGGGUUGCUAGGUUGAGUGGGCAGUAGCCUUAUUAGUAUGUUUACUGUACAUUUAAAACUCUAGAAUAUUUCAACAUCAUCCCUUCCCUAGAAUAUGAGCUUGUCUUUCAUGCUCAGUCAUUAACUAGCAAGAGUCCCAAGCUGAUAGUUGAGUGUUGGGUUCUAGCUCUCCCUCUGCUACCAAUUAAUUCUCUCACCAUAGAUAUUUCAUGUUGUAUCAGAACUUUCUCACCUGUAAAACGUGGAAGUAAUCUCUUAAGCACUUUCCAGUUUCAAAAUACUUUAAUGUGAUUUUACUCUUUAGAGAUUCUGGUGUCACAUAUGUUUAAAGCUACAUGAUUGAAUUAGAUUAGAAGUAUUAUUUUUUUCUUCUAACUCUACAUACAUGAAAAUGAAAGUCAUUUUUAAUAGAAAAGGAAAAUUAAUAUGUAUUAUUUAAUGUGGUUAAGAUUACCUAAAUUGUUGAACUUAAGCUUUUCUACUUUAAGUGCCUUUAGCAGUGUUUUGUAUUUGCAAAUCUAAAAUGUAAAUGAAAUUGUUAUGUAGUUUUAUAUAGUUUCUUCUUUAUUUUUACUUUGAGUUAUUUGCAACUUUUUUUUUAAACCUUAGAUUACACAGAGCAGUAUAUUCAUGGAUUCUUCACUAUUUCACUAGUGAGUUCUUGAGAAAUGUAUGUUAAAGAUUAGCUCAGUGAGCAGGUAAGUAAAUUCUUCAUUUUGGGUGGGCAACAAGUCUUUAUACAGAGUAGGAUAAAGGACUAUUCAGAUAGUCCAGUGUUUAUAUUUAGAUAUUUUAAUAUGAAUGGUACAGGCACCCGGAGUUGAUUAAUGGUUAUAGUUGAUUAAUGGUUAUUGUUGUAGGUCUCAAAAAUUUUCUUUGGUAGCAAAUAGUUCAUUACCCUAGAGUAGAGGUUGGCAAAUGCUUUUGGUAAAGGGUUACAUAGUAAAUAUUUUGGUUUUGCAGGCCAAAUGAUCUCUGUUUUAUUUAUUUACCUUUGUUAUUGUAGUACAAAAGCAGCCACAGACAAUGUGUUCCACUAAACCCAAAAGACACUGAGCUGGAUUUGGUCCAUGGCUGGUAGUUUGCUGUCCCCUGCCCUAGAUGGCGUAGUUCACUUGCAGUUCAAAUUAUUGGCUAGUAAUUUAAACUGCAACAAAUGGUUGUAUCAUCCCAACCCUCUCUUAAUUUGAUGUAGUUUAGUUUGCUGUAUUUGAGUGUUUUUUAGGAUUAUAAAGGUAAGUGGGAAGUGGGUAAGGGAAAAUAGGAACUUGUGUUAAAAACACUUUGAAGCCCUUUUAUUUGCUGGAGCCCACUGGAGCUUUGCUUAGCUGCCAUAAAUUGUGUCAUGAGUGGGGGUUGUGAUUGGUUGUUGCAAAUUAUAUAAAUUUUUCCAAGCACUUAACUACCUAGAUGGUAGUAAAGAAUGGAUUAAAAAACAAAAAAGAAUGGAUCAGAUGGACCUUUUUACCUGAGUAUUUUAGGACACUAGACCAAUAAUUUAAGAGAGAUUGUGAAAUGUGAGACUUUGUUUUUGCCAUGUAAAGACUUCUGUCACCAUCACUUUACACCUUUCCCUUUCCCCAAUAUUUAGGAAGGACGUAAACUCAGAAUUAAAGUUAUUUAACCUGAAAAAUUUUAAGUCGAUGGAAGAAUUAUUACACUGUUCUUUUCUCAUUUACUCUAGAUCACUGAAAACUUCAAGUAUCAGUCCAUAGAUUGGCAGUUGGGAAGUGCGGUGAUAUAAUUGCUGAGAGACCUAAUAUAGUUAUAAAACUAUUACUGAUUCAGAGAUGUAAUAAACCAAAUGUACUCUGAUAUUUAGACUAAAACGUUUACAUUAUUUGUUAAAUUGUAUGUGCCACAUGUUUAGAGGGACAUUAUGAGGAGUUAAAUGUUCACAGGGAGGCAACCAGAAUGCAAAAGGCCUGAGUGGUGUGGUAAGUGGGAUGCAGUCCAGGAAAUUGGCGAUGUUUAUUUUGGAGAAGAUUUGAGUGACUGCCAUAUGUAAGAAGGAAUAGGAUUACUCUGUGUUGUUAUUGAUGGAAAAAUUAAUUGUAAGAAAUGAAAGUUUCUGGUUCCGUAUUUAAUGUUCCUUAUGCGGAUUUCUAAAUGAAAAGUGGCUGGCUUUGUCCUCAUAAAAUCAUUGGAAGUAUUCAAACAAAAGCUAGAUCGGGGUUCUGAAGUAGAAUCCCUGCACUCGGCAUCAGCAUCACCUGGGUAUAUUGUGGGAUAGAUCUAAAAUUAUGGGUCACCACGCUGAAAAAAGCUAAUAGAAUUAAUACAAAUAAAAUGAAACAUUUUUCAUUUGUAUAAAACUCUUAAGGGAAGUCAUUUUUAAGUAAAAAUUGAUUUUGAUAAUUUAACACUAACUUUUAACACAUAUAACUUGAUAAGAUGAUAAUUAUUAGUGGUGGAACAUUGGACACUUAGGAUAAUUAACAUACUUUUGUUUAGUUCCAACAUUUAAAUAUAAGGUAGAGUUCUGCCAUUUACUAAAAUAAUUUAAGUGGUCUUUGAAUAAAUGACCUAUCUUUAUUAAACACAGAUGCUUUUUGAAUCUAAAACAGCCAUAUCAUUAGCAGAAAAAAAAGGGUAUUGAGGGAGCUUGCUCUUUUUUAUACCUAUUAAUGUCAAAAUGGUAGGGGAAUGAGCAGCAGCUGGUGGAUAACUUUCUCUACGCUCUUCCUCUCCUCCUACCUGCAAAUAGAGUUGCAUGGCAUGUCACAGUGUCAUCAUUUGGUAAAGUUGCCCUCGAGCAAUGCUGGCAUCUGGGACCUCUGCCUUUUGAUAGUCAUUCUUGCGGAUGGAUUUAGUUGGCCUAUCAUGAGUUAGACUCUAUCAUUGAUUGACAGAGUCUGCUUGUUGGGUACUAUGUGAAGAAUUUUAGGGUUUUAGGCCUGACAUUUGUCCAAGGGUUCUACAGUGAUCCCAGAGUGGUUUGUACCCACAUUUAUUCUGUGUGUGUGUGUGUGUGUGUGUGUGUUUAAUUCUAACGUAAAGUUUUGGCCAAUCAUCCUAUAAAAACAAUGGAAAAAAAUUAAAUGCCAGUUCUCCUGAUUUUGAAAGCCAUAAUGUAAUGCAAUUGGUUUUUCAUAUAAAUUGUAAAUUAUGUUCAAAUACAUAUUUUAUACUGUAAAGUAAGGUUUGUAACUUUACUAGAUAUACUAGCCAUAUUUUUUCUGUCCUAAUAUUAAACCUAAUAUUAAAACCAAAGAGAAUAUAAAUACCAUUAUUGAGAAGCUAUUGAAAGCCAAGUGUUUUAGACUAUGACUAUGACUGAGGUUCUGGUCUUUAAAUCUGUCAAUGUAAACUUUGGAAAAUAUUUUAGUUUUCCUGACGAUGAUAUUCUCUGAAUUACUUACUGAAUGUGAUGUUAUAUACAUUUAAGUAAAAAGUAUUGAAAAGAUAAAAACUAAAAAACUAGAAUGAUAUGACACUGAGUUGUAUGAAUUUUUAAAAAUUAAAUAUUUAGACUGUUGAACUAGAUCUAAUAAAAGUAUUUUUAACUUAACAAUUUUAUAAAUGGAAAAUUUUCUCUUUUUUCCAUUUAAAAUUUACCCUUUUGAAUCUAACACAUAAUAGAUAUUUAGUUGGUGUUCAAUUUUGAUGAAUUUUAAAGAAGGAGAACAAAAAGCCAUCUUUAUAUGGAGUGUUUUCUAAAGGACAGGAAAAUAUAAACCUUUUUUUAAAAAUUUUUUAUUGAUUAAGUUAUUACAUAUGUGUCCUUAUCCCCAUGCUAAUAAACCUUUUAAUUGGAAACACUUUUUAAAAUAUAUAUAUAUUGGACAGGAAAAUAUAAACCUUUUUUUUAAAAUUUUUUUAUUGAUUAAGUUAUUACAUAUGUGUCCUUAUCCCCAUGUUAAUAAACCUUUUAAUCGGAAACACUUUUUAAAAAAAUAUAUAUUUUAUUGAUUUUUUAGAGAGAGGAAGGGAGAGGGAUAGAGAGUUAGAAACAUCGAUGAGAGAGCAACAUCAGUCAGUUGCCUCCUGAACACCCUCUACUGGGGAUGUGCCCACAACCAAGGUACAUGCCCUUGACUGGAAUCGAACCUGGGACCCUUCCCUUCAGUCCGCAGGCUGAUGCUCUAUCCACUGAGCCAAACCAGUUAGGGCUGGAAACACUUUUUAAUUGGCUCCCCCAUUUUCAAUGUUUAAUUGUGGAAACCAAGUUUCUUACUAAUUUAAAAAGAUGGUAGAAUUUAAUAUACCUAUGUUCUUUGUAAUGCCAAAGGAAAUGAAUGGUAAUGUAAGUGAUCUAGUAAUUUGAAACCAUUGGCCCAUGAUUCUUAGCUCAUAUUUUGCAAUAUCCUAUGGUGUUUACUGUUAUUUAAAAAUAAUUAAAUUAGAUGUCCUUUUUGCUGCUUGCCCUGUGACAUGUCCAGCCAAAUCCCAAGUGGAGAGAUGCUAGGGAGCGCUAGGAACGUUGCACUAGAAUCCAUUUUCAGCUUUGCCAGGGAGUUGCUACUGAGUUGCUGAAAUAAGUCACUGCUGUUUUCUAGUGAGUUAAUGUCUUUAUUUAUAUGGGUUUGAAUUGAAUACUGUGACUCCUAAGGACCUUUUACCUUUGAUAUUUUAUGACCAUAAUAAAAAUAUCUUACUAUUUA